AUGGAAAACAUUUGUAUAACUCCAUCAUGUGGCAAACCGUCCACUCUAAAGUGCCCUGUGUGUCUUGGUUUGGGAAUUGAAACGUCGUUCUUCUGCUCACAAGAAUGUUUCAAACAUUUUUGGAAAACACAUAAAACAGUACACGUCGUCGGUGCCAAAGAUACGUGUGAAGAUGAACGCUUCAGAGGAUAUAAAUUUACAGGUCAAUUAAGACCUGCUAAAAAAACACCUAAACGAGAAGUGAAGAGUUCAAUUGAAUAUCCAGACUACGCCAUCACAGGGAUUCCUGUCUCAGAGCGUCAAGCGAAGGGUUCCCGUAGUAUUGUUGUUUUGGACGACGAUGAAAUUGAAUGCAUGCGUGUUACAGGAAAGCUUGCCCGUGAAGUCUUAGAAGAAGCAGUUAAUGCAGUUAAAGUUGGUGUAACGACUGAUGAAAUCGAUCGAGUUGCACAUGAGGCGUGUAUUGAUCGUGAAUGUUAUCCUUCUCCGCUGAACUAUUUCAAUUUUCCGAAGUCAUGUUGCACAUCAGUUAACGAAGUGAUCUGUCAUGGAAUACCGGAUAUGCGACCUUUACAAAGUGGUGAUAUUUUGAAUAUUGAUAUUACCACAUACCACAAUGGAUUUCAUGGUGAUGUGAAUGAGACAGUGUUUGUAGAUCAGCCAGAUGAUCGUUCAGUUAAUCUAGUGAAAAAUGCUUACAAAUGUUUGGUUAGAUCUAUGGAUGCUGUUUUUCCAGGUGUUAAAUAUCGUGAAAUGGGAGAUAUAAUUUCAAAAAAUGCUUCACAUGGUGGAUUUUCUGUUGUCAAGACUUAUUCAGGUCAUGGAAUACAUCGGUUAUUUCAUUGUCCUCCAAAUAUUCUUCACUAUUCACGCAAUAAGGCAGUCGGUGUCAUGAAACCAGGACAUUGUUUCACCAUUGAACCAAUGAUAAAUCAAGGCGAUUGGCGUGAUGAAUUAUGGCCAGACAAUUGGACUGCAGUAACUGCGGAUGGUUUAAGAUCAGCUCAAUUCGAACAUACUAUGGUUAUUUUAAAACCAGAAUUAGCCGCAUCAAAUGGAAUGCCAAUUGAAGUAUUAACUAAACGUCAUAUCAAAGGUAGUGAUCCAUUAAAUGGAUGUAAAUUCAAUAAAGAAGAUACUUUACAUUUUGAACGUUAUGGUAGACCUUAUUUUGUUGAUCAAUUGUACAAAUUAGGUUUAAAUACUGAUUGUACAGUGCUUAAAGAUGUAUCUAAAAAUUGA